AUGCCGCAGAAGAGACGCGCCAAAGACGCUGUUACAGCGUCAACAACAAAGCGUCCUAAACCUACACCUAGCAGCACCUACAGCCAAGCUAUACCUAUCGAAAGCCCUCAAUCGUCACCUCGUCCGUCGCCCCGUAAAGCCCUGGUUGAAGCGUCCCAGGUAUCAAGUUUCGAAGCGCAAUUGCGCGAGUCGCAAAUAGAGGAGUAUAUCAACCCACCCACCGAGGGCAGCGAGGAGGCAACGAUAGCAACCAGCGAGUCCAACAAUACAGCUUUAGACGAGGAGUUAGAGGAUAACUUCAAUGGCAUUGAUUGGGAUCGUCUCCCUCGGUUUAUGAAGCCUAUAGCGUCGCAGCGUCACAAGAAAAGCUGGGUCUAUAACUACGGCUGGCGCGUCGCGCUGCGAAGCAAUCCUCAACGCAUAUAUUUCGUAUGCCGCUAUUGUUACGAGCAUAAGCUUAUUGACCUCGGCGUCACGAAGGUAUACGAAACAACAAACUCAACGUCUUCUGCCCAUCGACACCUUGGAGAGAAGAGACGCGGCCAUGGCCACCAACCACCUCACGUAACAGCUCGUUCUACAACGAUAAGUGUCCUCCAACAAGUACUUACUGGCAAUCGGGUUAGCCAGAGUAUCGCGAACGAGCUCUCCGGCUUCAACUCCCAGCGCUUUCGGCUUAACGCAGUUAGCUGGCUUAUUGAAGCUAACCUCCCACUGUCUACGUUUGAAUCGCCAGCUUUUCGACAAUUAAUAUCGUCAGCCAACGUCCAAGCAGAAGCGGCACUGUGGACGUCCCACAACAGCGUCUCUCGUUACGUUAUGCGCCUGUACGACCACUUACGGCCGCAAGUCGUCACAGAACUGUCGCGGGCACAGAGCAAGAUACACAUAAGUUUUGACGGCUGGACGACAAAGGGUGGCAAGCGUGGGUUCUUGGGUAUCGUUGCCCACUACGUUGACAAGCAAGGCGAUAUUGUAGACUUACCUAUCGCGCUGCCGCAGUUGACAGGCGCCCACAGUGGACAUGGGAUGGCAAAGGUUGUUAUCCAAACGUUGAAAGAGUUCGGUAUAAACGCUCAACGUAUUGGCUACUUCGUACUCGACAACGCAAGCAAUAACGACACCGCGAUAGACGCAAUUGCGCUAACAAUGGGCUUCAACCCACGCCAUCGCCGCCUCCGUUGUAGUCCUCAUACAAUUAACCUUGUCGGCCAGAUGCUCCUCUGGGGAGAAAACAGUGCCUCGUACAACAACGAUACCGCUGAGAUUACUGCUGAAAGCGAGUAUAUGAACGAGUGGAGGCGCGAUGGGCCCUUAGGCGUACUCCUAGGUAUCGUCAACUACAUUAAAACACCACAGCAAUACGCUCUUUUUGCUGACUUUCAGCGCCUUGCCCAUCGCGAGCUACCAGCUGACGCA